CUGUCUAUGCUGCAGUGCUGGUAACUGAAGUCCCGAUUAGACUCUAUGCUCACGAGCAUCAAUGCCUUCUUUCUCUCCUCCCACCCUCUGCAGACUGCCAUCCUCUGUGCCAGCACUGCACAGCUGAUCUCCAUGACACUGGUAGCAUCUGUCUGAGAUGCCAGAAAGCUCGGCACCUAUUGUUCGGGGACCACUGUGUUCCCCACUGCCCCUCUGGAUACUAUGCAGAGAGGGGAGCUUGUAAAAGAUGUCACUCCUCCUGUAGAACCUGCCAUGGUGGAGGACCUUUCUUCUGCUCCUCAUGUGACUCCAGUCUUGUUCUCACGCACAUUGGCACCUGCAGCACCAUUUGCUUCCCUGGGCACUAUCUUGAUGACAACCGUGCUUGCCAGCCAUGCAACACACACUGUCGGAGCUGUGAUUCACAAGCCAGCUGUACCUCCUGUCGAGAUCCAAACAAGGUCCUGCUCUUUGGGGAGUGCCAGUCUGAGAGCUGCGCCCCACAGUACUAUCUUGACAUCUCCACCAAGAUGUGCAAAGAGUGUGAUUGGAGUUGCAAUGCCUGCAGCGGGCCAUUGAGAACAGACUGCCUGCAGUGCAUGGAUGGCUACGUUCUCCAGGAUGGCACCUGUGUGGAGCAGUGCUCGCCGACAUUCUACCGGGACUCUGGCCUCUGCAAGAAUUGUGACAGCCACUGUCUCCAGUGCCAAGGUCUCCAUGAGUGCACCCGCUGUGAAGAGCCAUUUCUCCUCUUAAAAGCCCAGUGUGUCCAGGAAUGUGGGAAGGGGUACUUUCCAGAUCAUGCAAAGCGCAAAUGCAUAGCAUGCUCUCAGGAGUGCUUGAAGUGCAGCCACAAGGACCGGUGUCACAUCUGUGCCCAGGGGUUCUUUCUGAAGAGUGGCCUCUGUGUUUCCAGCUGUGUUCCUGGCUUCUCUGCCCACUCAUCUAAUGCAACAUGUGCUGGCAAAAUACACACCCCGAGUCUUCACGUGAAUGGUUCAUUGACUCUUGCCAUUGGUUCGAUGAAGCUGCUGGACUUUGCUCUCCUGAAUGUCCAACACCAGGAUGGCAGAGUGGAAGAUCUCUUAUUCCAUGUGGUGAGCACUCCCACCAAUGGUCAACUGGUGCUCUCAAAAAAUGGCAAAGAGACUCAGCUGGACAAGGCUGGCCAUUUUAGCUGGAAAGAUGUGAACGAGAAGAAAGUGCGUUUUGUACACAGCAAAGAAAAACUCAGGAAAGGUUACUUUUCCUUGAAAAUAAGUGACCAGCAGUUCUUCUCUGAGCCACAGCUGAUCAACAUACAAGCAUUUUCAACACAGGCCCCCUAUGUGCUGAGAAAUGAGGUUCUCCACAUUAACAGAGGAGAGCAAGGAACCAUCACCACCCAGCUGCUUGAUAUCCGGGACAAUGACAAUCCACAGGAUGUGAUCAUCGAAGUGCUAGAUCCUCCACUUCAUGGCCAGUUACUCCAAACACUUGCAUCCCCUGCAGCCCCCCUCUAUCAGUUCCAUCUGGAUGAGCUCUCCAGGGGCCUUCUCCUCUAUGCUCAUGAUGGCUCAGAUAGCACAUCUGAUGUUGCUGUCUUGCAGGCCAAUGAUGGACAUUCCUUCCAAAAUAUACUCUUCCAUGUGAAGACUGUGCCCAAGAAUGAUGGAGCUCUUCGGCUCGUGGCUAACUCAGUGGUGUGGGUUCCUGAAGGAGGGAUGCUGCAGAUUACCAAUAGAAUCUUACAGGCAGAAGCUCCAGGUGCCAGAGCUGAAGAUAUCAUCUACAAGAUUACACAGGACCACCCCCAAUUUGGGGAGGUGGUCCUUUUGAUGAAGAUGCCUGCAGACAGUCCUGCCGACGAAGGGCAGCACCUGCCUGAUGGGAGGAUGGUGACCCCCACCAGCACCUUCACCCAGCAAGACAUCAACGAAGGCAUCGUGUGGUACAGGCACUCGGGAGCCCCAACCCAGAGUGACUCCUUCCGCUUCCAGGUGUCCAGGGCCACUGAUGCCCAGGCCCACCUAGAGAGCCGUGUGUUCAACAUCGCAAUCUUACCUCAAACACCUGGGAUGCCUAAACUCUCCCUGGGGUCAUCUCUCCAUAUGACGGCACGGGAAGAGGGCCUGACUAUCAUUCAUCCACAUUCGCUGUCCUUCGUGAAGUCUGAGAGGCCCACUGGAAAGAUUACAUAUAACGUCACUCUACCUCUGCAUCCAAAUCAAGGUAUUAUUGAGCAUAGGGACCAGCCUCAUUCUCCCAUCCGGUAUUUCACACAGGAAGAUAUUAACCAGGGCAAAAUCCUGUACCGUCCUCCCUCUGCGGCCCCCCACCUCCAGGAGAUCAUGGCCUUCUCCUUCGCUGGUCUCCCAGAAUCAGUGAAAUUCCACUUUACAGUUUCUGAUGGAGAACACGUAAGUCCAGAGAUGGCCCUCACCAUUCACUUACUUCCCACUGAGCAGCAACCACCAGCCUUCCAGGUCACAGCUCCAGUGCUCAAGGUCAGCCCAGGAGGCCGCACUUCUGUAGGCCUGCAGCUGGCAGUAGGAGACACUGAGGCAGCCCUUAAAGAUCUCUUCUUCGAGCUCCGGAAGCCUCCACAGCAUGGCAUGCUGCUUAAAGACACAGCUGAGUCCCAAGGGCCCAUGGCUGCAGGUGACACUUUCACAUAUGAUGAUAUUGAGAAAAAUGCUGUGCUGUAUGUACAUGACGGUUCCUUUGCACGGGAAGACAGCAUGGAAAUCUCAGUCACAGAUGGCCUCACCGUGACGACGUCAGAAGUGAGAGUGGAGGUGUCCCUGUCAGAGGACCACGGGCCUCAGUUGGCUGCCAGUUCCUCUCUGAGCAUUACUGUUGCUAGUCAAAGCACAGCCAUAAUCACCAGGUCACACCUUGCUUAUGUGGAUGAUUCUUCCCCUGACCCAGAGAUCUGGAUUCAGCUAAGUUCUCUGCCUGUGUAUGGUGCUCUCUUAAGAACUUCGGGAUCUGAGGUGGAGGAACUCUCGGUGCUUUCCAAUUUCACGAUGGAGGACAUCAACAACAAAAACAUUAGAUACUCAGCACUCUUUGAGACAGAGGGUCAUCUGGUUACUGAUAGCUUCCACUUCUCUGUCUCUGAUAUGGACCACAACCGUCUGGACAAUCAGAUAUUCACCAUCACGAUCACUCCUGUCGAGAAUCCACCUCUGGUCAUUGCUUUUGCUGACCUUAUCACGGUUGAUGAGGGAGGGCGAGCCCCACUCUCAUUUCACCAUUUCUUUGCAACUGAUGAUCACGACAACCUACAGGGAAAUGCCAUCAUUAAACUAAGUGUUCUGCCCAAAUACGGCUGCAUUGAGAACACAGGAACAGGUGAUCGCUUUGGCCCUGGAAAUACCAGUGAACUAGAAGCCUCAUUCCCUAUUCAAGAUGUCCUGGAAAACUACAUUUACUACUUCCAGAGUGUACAUGAAAGCAUUGAGCCAACCCAUGAUAUUUUUAGUUUUUAUGUGAGUGAUGGAGCCAGUCGUUCAGAAAUUCACAGCAUCAAUAUCACCAUUGAGAGGAAGAACGAUGAGCCUCCCAGGAUGACUUUGUGGCCCCUUCGAGUGCAGCUGAGAUCAGGAGUGGCAAUAAGCAAUUCUUCUUUGAGCCUACAAGAUCUGGACACCCCGGAUAAUGAGCUGAUUUUUGUAUUGACAAAAAAGCCUGACCACGGUCAUUUACUCCGGAGACUUACUGCUUCUGAACCUCUGGAGAAUGGGACAGUUUUAGGCCAGGGUUCCUCCUUCACCUACCAGGAUAUCCUGGCCGGACUGGUGGGGUAUGUGCCUGGUGACCCUAGCAUAGCAGUGGAUGAGUUCCAGUUUUCUCUCACUGAUGGCCUUCAUGUGGACACAGGAAGGAUGGAGAUCUACAUAGAACUGCCUACAAGUGACAUUCCCCAUGUGGUUGUGAACCGAGGCCUGCAACUCUCAGCAGGGUCUGUUUCACGCAUCACAGAACAGCACUUGAAAGUGACAGACACUAACUCCAAUGACCAUCAGGUUGUGUACAUCAUGACGGAAGAUCCUGGCAUAGGGCGCCUGCAGAUGGUGAAACAUGACAACCUGGAGCAAAUCUCUGUUAAAGGCCCCAUCCGAACUUUCACCCAGGCAGACAUUAGCCAAGGGCAGGUAGAAUAUAGUCAUCAAACAGGAGAACCUGGCGGAAGCUUUGCUUUCAAAUUUGAUGUGGUUGAUGGAGAAGGCCACCGAUUGGUUGACCAGUCAUUUUCCAUCAGUGUUUUAGAAGACAAAUCCCCACCGGUCAUUAUUACCAAUAAAGGGCUGAUCUUGGAUGAAAACUCAGUGAAGAAAAUCACCACGAUGCAGCUUUCAGCCACUGACCAGGAUAGCCAGCCUACAGAACUGAUCUACAGGAUCACCACGCAGCCCCAGCUGGGCCACCUGGAGCAUGCAGCAUCACCAGGUCUCCAGAUUAGUUCCUUUACUCAAGCUGACCUGACUUCACGAAAUGUUCAAUAUGUCCAUUCUAGUGAGGCUGAGAAACACUCAGAUGCCUUCAUCUUUGUGCUGUCUGAUGGAGUCAGUGAGGUGACUCAGACCUUCCACAUCACUCUUCACCCUGUGGACGACUCGCUGCCUGUCGUGCAGAGCUGGGGGAUGCGGGUGCAGGAGGGCGUGAGGAAGACCAUCACAGAAUUUGAGCUCAAGGCAGUAGAUGCAGACACAGAGGCAAACUCUGUCACAUUCACCAUUGUGCAGCCCCCACGCCAUGGCACCAUAGAGAGAACCACCAGGGGGCAGCACUUCCACCUUACCUCCACCUUCACCAUGGAAGACAUCUACCAGAAUCGGGUCAGCUACAGCCAUGAUGGCAGCAACUCCCUCAAAGACCGGUUCACCUUCACUGUUUCUGAUGGGACCAACCCAUUCUUCAUCAUUGAGGAAGGAGGAAAAGAGAUUACAACUGCAGCACCACAGUUCCGAGUAGACAUCCUCCCUGUAGAUGACGGCACUCCUAGAAUUGUCACCAACUUGGGGCUCCAAUGGCUGGAGUAUAUGGAUGGCAAGGCAACCAACCUGAUCACCAAGAAGGAACUGCUGACCAUGGACCCAGACACAGAGGACCCACAGCUUGUCUAUGAGAUCACAAUGGGCCCCAAGCACGGCUAUGUGGAAAAUAAGCUACAGCCUGGCAGAGCUGCUGCCAUGUUCACACAGGAGGAUGUGAACUUGGGGUUGAUUCGUUAUGUGUUGCAUGAAGAGAAGAUCCAUGAAAUGAUGGAUAGUUUUCAGUUUCUGGUGAAAGACAGUAAACCCAAUGUGGUCAGCGACAACAUCUUCCAUAUCCAGUGGUCCCUUAUCAGCUUUAAAUAUACCAGCUACAAUGUCAGUGAGAAGGCGGGGUCUGUCAGCGUCACAGUGCAGAGGACUGGGAACCUGAACCAGUAUGCCAUCGUCUUGUGUCGCACUGAGCAAGGCACAGCCAGCUCUAGCUCCAGAGUUAGCUCCCAACCUGGACAACAGGAUUACGUGGAAUAUGCUGGCCAGGUGCAGUUUGAUGAACGGGAGGACACUAAGUCCUGCACCAUUGUCAUCAACGAUGAUGAUGUGUUUGAGAACAUUGAGAGUUUCUCAGUGGAGCUCAGCAUGCCAGCAUAUGCCUUGUUAGGGGAGUUCACCCAGGCGAAGGUCAUUAUCAAUGAUACUGAAGACGAACCCACAUUAGAGUUUGAUAAGAAGACCUACCAGGUCAACGAGAGUGCUGGCUUUCUGUUUGCGCCUAUUGAAAGAAAAGGAGAUUCAAGCAGCAUUGUAUCUGCAAUUUGCUACACCAUCCCUAAGUCAGCUAUGGGAAGUAGCCUCUAUGCUCUAGAAUCAGGCUCUGAUUUUAAAUCUAGAGGGAGGAGGUCUGCUGAGAGUCGUGUCAUAUUUGGGCCCGGUGUCACCAUGUCUACCUGCGAUGUUAUGCUUAUUGAUGACAGCGAGUAUGAAGAGGAAGAAGAGUUUGAGAUUGCUCUGGCUGAUGCUUCUGACAAUGCCCGUAUCGGAAGGGUGGCAAUGGCCAAGGUGCUCAUUAGUGGUCCCAAUGAUGCCUCUACUAUCUCCCUGGGCAACACAGCUUUCACUGUCAGUGAGGAUGCAGGCUCUGUGAGGAUUCCAGUUAUCCGCCGUGGUACUGACCUUUCUACUUUCACAUCUGUCUGGUGUGCAACGCGGCCUUCAGACCCAGCUUCUGCCACUCCAGGGGUUGACUAUGUCCCUAGCUCUAGGAAGGUGGAAUUUGGGCCAGGUAUCACUGAGCAGUAUUGCACUUUGACCAUCUUGGAUGACACUCAGUACCCAGUAAUUGAAGGACUGGAGACAUUUGUGGUUUUCCUCAGCUCAGCACAAGGGUCCGAACUAACCAAACCAUUCCAGGCUGUCAUUGCAAUUAAUGACACAUUCCAAGAUGUGCCCAGCAUGCAGUUUGCAAAGGAUCUACUCCUGGUGAAGGAGAAGGAAGGUGUGCUGCAGGUUCCCAUUAUCCGGAGUGGAGACCUGAGCUAUGAGUCAUCUGUGAGGUGCUACACGCAGAGCCAUUCUGCUCAGGUCAUGGAAGACUUUGAGGAAAGACGAAAUGCAGACUCUUCACGGAUUACGUUUCUGAAAGGGGAGAAGGUGAAGAACUGCACUGUGCAUAUCCAUGACGACUCCAUGUUUGAGCCGGAGGAACAGUUCAGGGUUUACCUUGGCCAUCCACUUGGAAACCACUGGAGUGGAGCUAGAGUUGGGAAAAAUAACAUGGCCACCAUCACAAUAUCCAAUGAUGAGGAUGCCCCCACCAUUGAGUUUGAAGAGGCUGCAUACCAAGUUCGGGAACCUGCAGGGCCAGAUGCUAUCGCAACUCUGAACAUCAAGGUCAUCCGCAGAGGAGAUCAGAACAGGACUUCCAAGAUUCGCUGUAGCACCCGAGAUGGGUCUGCCCAGUCUGGUGUGGAUUAUUACCCAAAGAGCCGAGUCUUAAAAUUCAAUCCUGGUGUGGAUCAUAUCUUUUUUAAAGUCGAGAUCCUGUCCAACGAAGACCGGGAAUGGCAUGAAUCUUUCUCUCUAGUCCUUGGCCCAGAUGACCCAGUGGAAGCAGUUCUUGGGGAUGUGACCACUGCCACGGUGACAAUUCUGGACCAAGAGGCAGCAGGGAGUCUCAUAUUGCCAGCACCACCCAUUGUUGUCACACUUGCUGACUAUGACCACGUGGAAGAGGUUACCAAGGAAGGAGUCAAGAAAGCCCCUUCUCCAGGCUACCCACUGGUCUGUGUCACGCCUUGUGACCCCCACUUCCCCAGAUAUGCCAUCAUGAAGGAGCGCUGCAACGAGGCUGGCAUCAACCAGACGUCCGUUCAGUUCAGCUGGGAAGUGGCUGCCCCCACCAAUGGCAAUGGAGCCCGCUCUCCCUUCGAGACGAUCACUGACAACACACCAUUUACCAGUGUCAACCACAUGGUCCUAGAUAGUAUUUACUUCAGCAGGAGGUUCCAUGUGCGUUGUGUAGCAAAGGCUGUGGACAAGGUGGGCCACAUGGGGACCCCCUUAAGAAGCAACAGUGUCACCAUUGGUACAGACAGCGCUAUCUGCCACACCCCAGUGGUGGCUGGGACAGCUAGAGGCUUCCAGGCUCAGUCCUUCAUUGCAAACUUGAAAUACCUGGACGUCAAACACAAGGAACAUCCAAACAGAAUCCACAUUUCGGUGCAGAUCCCACACCAGGAUGGAAUGCUGCCUCUUAUCUCCACCAUGCCAUUGCACAAUUUGCAUUUCCUAUUGUCCGAGUCCAUCUACAGACACCAGCACAUCUGCUCCAACCUAGUCACCACCCAUGACCUGAGAGGCAUCUCAGAGGCAGGGUUUCUGGAUGAUGUAGUCUAUGACAGCACUGCUCUGGGUCCUGGCUAUGACCGCCCAUUCCAGUUUGACCCCAGUGUGCGAGAGCCAAAAACCAUCCAGCUCUACAAACACCUGAACCUGAAAAGCUGCGUGUGGACCUUUGAUGCCUACUACGACAUGACAGAGCUGAUCGAUGUCUGCGGGGGCUCUGUAACCGCGGACUUUCAGGUGAGGGAUUCUGCCCAGUCAUUCUUGACGGUGCAUGUGCCUCUGUAUGUGUCCUACAUCUAUGUGACAGCCCCCAGGGGCUGGGCCUCCUUGGAGCAUCACACUGAGAUGGAGUUCUCCUUCUUCUAUGACACGGUUCUCUGGAGAACAGGAAUUCAGACAGACAGUGUGCUCUCUGCAAGGCUUCAGAUAAUAAGAAUCUAUAUUCGAGAGGAUGGCCGUCUUGUCAUUGAGUUCAAGACCCAUGCCAAAUUCAGAGGACAGUUUGUGAUGGAGCAUCACACACUCCCAGAUGUAAAAUCUUUCAUAUUGACUCCAGACCACCUAGGAGGAAUUGAAUUUGACCUGCAGCUCUUGUGGAGUGCUCAGACUUUUGAUUCUCCAUAUCAACUCUGGAGAGCCACAAGUUCUUAUAAUAGGAAGGACUACUCAGGGGAAUACACCAUCUACCUGAUCCCUUGCACGGUGCAGCCCACACAGCCAUGGGUUGACCCAGGAGAGAAGCCUUUGGCCUGCACUGCACAUGCCCCAGAAAGAUUCCUGAUACCCAUUGCAUUCCAGCAGACCCACCGCCCUGUGCCUGUUGUGUAUUCUCUCAAUACUGAGUUUCAGCUCUGCAAUAAUGAGAAGGUGUUCCUCAUGGAUCCCAACACAUCUGACAUGUCACUAGCAGAAAUGGAUUACAAAGGAGCCUUUUCAAAAGGCCAAAUCCUUUAUGGCAGAGUCCUUUGGAAUCCAGAACAAAACCUGAAUGCUGCUUACAAACUCCAGCUGGAAAAGGUUUAUCUCUGUACUGGCAAGGAUGGCUACGUGCCUUUCUUUGAUCCGACGGGGACAAUCUACAACGAAGGGCCACAGUAUGGAUGCAUUCAGCCAAACAGACACCUGAAGCACAGAUUCCUGCUGCUGGACCGCAGCCAGCCAGAGGUCACUGAUAAGUACUUCCACGAUGUGCCUUUCGAGGCCCACUUUGCUUCCGAGUUGCCGGAUUUCCAUGUGGUCAGUAGCAUGCCAGGUGUGGAUGGAUUUACUCUGAAAGUAGAUGCUCUCUAUAAGGUGGAAGCAGGACACCAGUGGUAUCUCCAAGUAAUCUACAUCAUUGGCCCUGACACCAUCUCAGGGCCCCGGGUCCAACGGUCUCUCACAGCCCCUCUGAGGCGCCACCGCAGGGACCUAGUGGAUCCCAGUGGCUGGCUGACUCUUGACGAUUCCCUCAUCUAUGACAAUGAAGGGGACCAAGUCAAGAAUGGCACCAAUAUGAAGUCCCUGAAUCUGGAGAUACAGGAGCCAGUUAUAGCUGCUUCUCUGUCCCAGACUGGUGCAUCAAUUGGUAGUGCCCUGGCCGCCAUCAUGCUUCUACUUCUGGUGUUUUUGGUGGCUUGUUUCAUCACUAGGAAAUGCCAGAAACAGAGGAAGAAGCAGCCCACAGAGGACCUUUUGGACGAGUACCCUCUGAAUACCAAGGUGGAUGUGCCCAAGAGGAAUUUGGACAGGGUGGAGAAAAACGUGAACAGACAGUACUGCACUGUACGAAAUGUCAACAUAUUGAGUGACAGCGAGGAGUCCUAUGUAUUCAAAGGUGCUAAAGUAAAAAAAUUGAAUCUGGAAGUCAGAGUCCACAAUAAUUUACAAGAUGGAACAGAAGUUUGAUGGAGGAGACCCAAGUAUAUUUUUUCUAAAAUCAUUUUUAUAAAUCAGGGAGGGGUGGGGGAAAUACUGGUAUUUUUAUAAUCUUGCAGAUAAAAAAGGGAAAACUAUAGCUUUGAGUGGCGGAUGGCACACAUCACAUACAUCAACUCACAACUGAGCUACCUCACGAAACAAAGAACCACUGAGACCCCUGGGGGAUUGGAGUAGAAUUACGUCUGUGGAUCCCUUUACUAGGGAGCUCCUCUGUGAGGCUGAUCUUAGAAAUAAGUAUUGUAGUACUAGGACAGACGCUGGACAAUUAGACUGGCUAAUAGAAUUCAGAGGACUGGGAAUAGACUGUGGUAGAUAUCCAAAGAGGGAGAGGGAUUCAGAGCCUUUGGUUUCUUCCCCCAUUUCUACUUGGGCUUUUCCUGGACCUCUGGGCAGCAAAAUACUAACUCUGAUAUCAAGAUUCCAUUGAAAAUUCUGCUAAUCAGCACAACUUAUAUACUUGCACAGUGUUUCCACUUGUUGGCCUGUGUGUGGUAGCCUAUAAGUACAUUUUUGCUUUUCCAGAGCGUUUUUUUGCCUAGAGGUAUCAAUAUGUUUUAGACUAGAGAGCUUCUUUACAAGUACUUAUAAAGGGGUAGGAGUGAAACCUGGAGAAAGGUGGGGCCUGGCCUGAUAAAGAAAACCUCAUGGCCUUUGUAUGCCAGGAAUGCUUAAACAAAAUCAGUACACUUUCCUGCUACCACAGGCUUUGCCCAGUCCGGCAAUGGACAAGCC